AAACUUUUAUGCAGAUAUUUACCUACUUAUUGACAUUUGUGGAUCUCCUCUCUACACUGAGGAGGGAGGACACCAUGACAGCUGCCCCAAUCUUAGGGGACUGAGAGAUCCUAGUAGCAUUUUCUAUCUACUUUAAAAUUGGCCUUGCACCUGUACUGAAAAUGAAAUGUUAGAAGGUUAUUUUCUAUAAACCACAUUCUGAAGACCAAGGUAAAACAGAAUCCAGGAAUAUAGCAAGUGCAAGCAUUUCUACAUCAGGUUAUUGAUGAUGUACUAAAGGUUAAAUAUGUGUUUCUAUUGAUUUGCUUGGCUACUUUCCUCUGUACAGCUUAUUGAAUAUUAUUUUUAUAAUAUAUUCCUCAGAUUCAGAGUUUAUGAUUUAUUAAUAGAGACACAUUACAUAUCUGAAGAGAGUGAUGAAAAAUCAUUCUUCAAUAACAUUCAUCCUACUUGGAUUAACAGAUGACCCACGACUACAGGUUUUUCUUUUAGUGUUUCUGUUUCUCACCUACAUUUUCACUGUUGCUGGAAAUGUCCUAAUUAUCCUCCUCACUCUGGUGGACUCUCAUCUUAAAACACCCAUGUACUUUUUCCUUCGUAAUUUCUCCAUCUUAGAAAUAAUACUCACAACUAUCUGUGUUCCUCGAUUCCUGUAUAGCCUGACAACUGGGGACAGAAUGGUUACCUACAAUGCUUGCAUCAUCCAGUUAUUUUUUGUCAUCCUCAUUGGGGCAGCAGAAUUUUUUCUUCUAACUGCCAUGUCCUAUGACCGCUACGUGGCCAUCUGCAAGCCCCUGCACUACACCACCAUCAUGAGUGACAGGGUUUGCACCAUUCUUGUCCUUUUGUGUUGGCUGAUUGGGUUAAUUGUCAUACUCCCUCCACUCAGCCUAGGAGUUCAGCUGGAUUUCUGUAACUCCUAUCUCGUUGACCAUUUUGGAUGUGAUGCAUCUCCUCUUCUGAAGAUUGUUUGCUCAGACACUCAAUUUGUAGAGCAGCUCGUGGUAAUCAUGGCUGUGCUGACCCUCAUUUUUACAUUAGUCUGUGUAAUUGUGUCCUACAUAUACAUUAUUAGGACUAUUUUAAGACUCCCUUCAACUCAACAAAGACAAAAGGCUUUCUCCACCUGUUCUUCCCACAUGAUUGUUGUUUCCAUCACCUAUGGAAGUUGCAUCUUCAUCUAUAUGAAACCAGCAAAGGAAGGCGUGGACAUGAAUAAAGUGGUGUCAUUGCUGAACACGUCAGUCAUCCCUCUGAUGAACCUUUUCAUUUAUACUCUGAGGAACAAGCAAGUCAAACAAGCCUUCAAGGACUCAAUUAAAAAGAUGGCAUUUCUUUCAAAGCUUUAG